AUGGCAGACACGGAGGCCGAAUUGGUUCAGAUAUGCCUGGGCACCACAGUGCUCAAGCACUGUGCGAUGCUAGGCGAUUUCCUGGUCCCAGACAGAGACAAGAGCAUGUUAGAGUUGACCUUUCUCAAGCUGUUGGGCCCUGCUGUGACUGUGGAGGCACUAACAGGACGUGAGAUCAAGUUGCUGGACUCGGUCCCCAGCCGAGGCGAUCGCUGUCACUUCGAUCGAAGCUAUCGAUUCAUUUCCCUGGGCAGCUUUGCUGACAAGCCGUCCAUGCGCUAUGUCAUGACAAGCAAUGACGACAAGGGGACUCCUUCCGACGAGGCCAUGUGGAGACUCAACGUUCGAAUGCCCGUUAUUGUGUAUCUCAACUUCCGAAGCGAGAUGCACGUGAGGUAUGUUCGCAAGUGGUUGCAAACUGGUGAUUGGACUCGAUCCACGCAGAUGGAGAGCACAGUGACAUCAGGUAUACCCAACGGACCUUAUUCGGGACCUGUUUUCUUCAAGGCGGUCAGUGACGGUCUGUUGGAUUUGCGUGGAAGUGAUUGUGGAGAAGGGACUUACUUCGUCUUUAUUGAUACUGAGCCAGACCUCUCGUGA